CUCAACUCAUAACCUAUGUCUGACGUUUUUCUAUAGUUAUAAUAACUAUUUCAUUGAAUUUAACCUAAUUUGUUAUUGUAAUUGUUGAUAUUUUAUUUAAUUGAGUACAUAUCAUUGUGACAUUACAAAUAAUAAAUACGGUUGUUUGAAUAUACUUUAAUUAAAGACAUCCAAAACAUCAAGAUGGACUUAUGUGUCAAACAAAGAGGUGAACAAUGGAUGAUUCUAACAAAUUUCAACAAAUGCAAGAUGAGAUGUCAAGGUUUGAAGCGGAGAUAUCUGGUGGGGAGAUUGCGACGGGCCCCAGAGCGGUGAUCAGCUCAAGUACAUUUGGGGCAGCUCAGCAGCGGCUGGAGCGCGUGCCGCCGCCGCCGCCGCCUCCCACAUUGCUGCCACCGCCUUACGAUUCACCUGUCAUGGACAAUGGCAUGAUGGGGUCCAGCCUCAUGUACCCUGGAGUGCCACAAACAUCUUCACUCAUGGUCCCAGCUUCGGUGCAAAGAUUAAGACCUUCUGAGCAUUCGGAUCCAUACCCUGGCCCGAUGCCAUUCCUCCGACCAGGGCUACCAGGACCACAGCUGGUCCCUCCUCCUCCACCGAAGCCGCAGCCUAUUGUGCUCUCUGCUGCACCCAAACUGUACAAACAACCUAAAGAUGAUGAUGACAAGAAAGAGAAAGAAGGCAAAAAGAGGAAACGUGAACCUUCGCCGGUACCGGAGGUGAUAGUGCAGCGCGAGCCGACGCCGCCGCCCGCGCCGCCGCCGCCGCCGCAGGACACUGCGCCCAAACUCAAGAAGGAGAAGAAACACAGAAAGGUGAUCAGGACGGCGGGGGGCCAGGUGUGGGAGGACGUGACGCUGCUGGACUGGCCUGAUGAUGACUUCAGGAUGUUCUGUGGAGACCUCGGUAAUGACGUCACCGAUGAACUGCUGACGCGGACGUUCAGUAAAUACACGUCGUUCCAACGCGCGAAGGUGAUCAGAGACAAGCGAACUAACAAAAGCAAAGGAUUCGGUUUCGUCAGCUUCAAGGAUCCCGGGGAUUUUAUCAAAGCAAUGAAAGAAAUGGACGGGCGCUACGUGGGCAGUCGGCCCAUAAAGCUGCGCAAGAGCACGUGGCGCAGCCGCGCGCUGGACGUGGUGCGCCGCAAGGAGAAGGAGAAGGCGGCGCUGCUCUCGCUGCUGAUGGCCGGCAAGGCCCAACAUUGACACGCAUUUUAUAUAUGGACCGUUUAUUUUGAGAGUGGUGUAAGUUUGCACCUCAGAAAUAUUUAUUAAUGUAGUAAUUCACCUCAAACAAAUGUAUAUAAUAAAAUUGAUUUACAAAACAAUAGAAACAUUGCCAGACUUUAUACAAUUUGCCUA